UAUAGUAAAAAGGCGAGAGAAAGAAAAAAAGCACACGCCAACUAGAUUUAAUUAUUUUAUAUGGGUUGUCGUAUUUCAUCUUCGAACAAUGAAAACCUGUUCACACCAGCAGAAGACAGUGAUAUGGCCACUACAAGCCACCAACCGAGUGUGGAUUAUAAAGCGCGCCUAGAACGGAAGCAGUGCCUGGCAAAAGAAACACCGGAACCAAUAUACGAUUUGGAGGAUUGCAAUCUUAAAGAUGUGCCCGCCGGUGUGUUCGUGCUGUGCAAGGUGCUGCGGAAGGAUGCCCUCACGCUGGCGAAGAAUAAGCUCUCCUCGCUGGCUGCGGGAGGCACGCUGGACGACUUACUCUUACUGCAAUCGUUAAACCUUUCAUACAAUCGUUUCAAGAAGCUGCCCGAAGAUAUAUACAAACUAGAAAACCUCAGGGAACUAUUUUUAGCUAACAACGCCUUGGAAAAACUACCGACUACGAUAGGACGCCUAAAGAAGUUGGAACUGCUCAAUCUUUCAGCGAACAAUCUAACGAGCGUAGAACAGAUAGCGUUCAUGACCAAUCUUAGAUUACUGGACAUUAGCGGAAAUGUACGUCUUUCUCAGCUGCCCAGCCAGCUGGCAACGUGUGAUAAUCUCGUAGAUAUUGUGCUCGAUCCGGAAACAAUCCGGAAUCCGCCGGCAGAUGUAGUGGCCGGCGGCACGUACGCCAUCGUGAAAUAUCUUUCGACGGGUGAAAUCCAUCAUGAUCCAAGCGGGACGUCCAAUGUCGACGGUACCUCAGCGAUCGAUCGACAAAGGGCAACCACAUCCACCUUCCUCAGCAGCGAACGUAACGAACUGCGCCAACAGGAACAGGCCCGCGAAAGGUACGAGAAGGAGCGUAAGCUGCUCGAACGCGAACGGUUGGCAUUCGAAAAGGAUAUGCUGACGGAAAGCAAGCUGCACGAACAGCAACAAUUAAGAAAGCAGAUGCUGCUUCAGCAGCUGCUCGAGCAGCAGAACCAAAACGACACACAAGUGCACAAACUGCAGCAGGAAAAGCAAACCGAACGGGAACGGCUUAUCGAUAACAUCAUAAAGGAUGAACAAAAAUCGAGCGACCUGGUAAACAGUCUGCUCGCGCUGAAGAACGGUCCCGAUCCGGCGUUCCUUGAGCAGGAGCGGGAGGAACAGAAACGGCUGCUCGAAAAUCUACACAUCCAGCAGAAUGAUCUGCGCAAACAGGAAAUACUCGGUGCGAUGACCAAUCUGCUUGAAAAUGAAAUUAACAUCAUCCAAAACUUUCACAACCAGCGGGACCAAUCUUCACGCAGCAUUCUGGAGCGCGAGUACGAGACGAACAAUUUGCUUAACAAUGUGUUUUUGAAUUAUGACAAAAAUCGGCAAGAUGUGAUCGACCAGAUAACGUUCGACGAGGAUAUACAGAAGAGUGCCGUGGCAGCACUGAUUGCGCGCAAUGAUUCACGCACGUGGGGUUUGGUGGAGCAGGUGCGAAUCGUGGAAUCGCAGUUGGCCGCACUAACGCUGUACGAGAUCGAGCGCAAGAAGGUUAACCAGGACGAUCAAAUUAUUAAUUUGACCGAACAGCGUAUAAAUUUAACGUACGUGCUGACGGAUUUGCUCAAGCAACAGGACCAACGCAAACAGCAGCUACUGGAUACACUCAAGAUAAUCGAAAAGCAAAAGGAAGGUGAACAAACCGAUUUCUGGCUGCUACAGUACCAACGGCUACUUGAUCGACAGCCGGCAGAAGUUUCACACGAUACGGCUUCAAUCGAUCCUGUGCUGGGGUACCAGUUCCUGGUGAACGGUGUGGUGCACUGUUUACCAUUCCUGUCGAAAAUAUGGCAAAACAAGGACAAGGAAUUGUGCAACGUAACUGAGCAGGAUUUGAUGAAUGCCGGCGUUCAAAACCCUACUGAUCGGCAAGGCAUCCUGCAAUCGAUUGCAAACUAUUAUGAUUAUUUGAAUUGUAAGAUUGACUAUCCGGAAGGAGAAUCAUCCACGGUGACACCGAUGGCGAAUGCUCCGAUCGAUGAAAGCUACGGGGAGGAUGAUGAUCGAGCACGUGAAGUGUCAGAUUCGGAUGAACCGAUCAGCCCUGUAAGCAGCGGUACGGGAGCUGUAGCACAGUAUGCAGAAUGUGUAGUGUGCAUGGAACAAAUGGUACAAGUGAUAUUUAUACCAUGCGGCCAUAUGUGCUGUUGCUCCGGAUGCCACACGGAGAUUCACGAUUGUCCAAUGUGCCGUGCCUACAUCGAGAGAAAAAUCAAAGUCAUACAGCCUUAG